GAUAAAUUUUAAUAAAUUAAAGCUGCAUAAGAGAAAAAGUGAAAAAUAAAAACGGAGUGACUUCAUAAUUGAUGUUAAAGAUGAAACGGAUCAGAUGGAGUUUGUUAUUAAUUUUUACGAUAUUUUUUAGUUAUGUGACUUGCUUUGCCUCACACCACCGAUCGUCAUAUCGCGAUGCCGACGACUCACUCAACAACGGUGGCGACGAUGACGCGGAUCGCGACUACCUGGAAUUCAGUAAAAAUAAUGAGGAUAAUUUGAGAUCACAACACAGAAAUCAUAACCAUCACCAUCAGCAUCACGAGCAGCCACAAAAACACGCGGCGAAUGACGAUGAUGAUGAUGAGAAACAACUCGAGCCCGUUGCUGAGUCAGUAAAUCAUCCACAUCAUUUGUCGCUGCCGCCCGUGAUAAAAAGCGGCGAUGCAAUCGCACCCCCAAAGCCGACGACGAAACAGAAAAAGACGAAAAAACGGAGCAACAAACAUUCGAAGCAUUCCAAAAUAGUCGAAAUUGAUGAAAUUGCGAAUAAAAAUAUUAAUAAUUUUAAUAGGAUUAGCAGCGAAACCGACGAAGAUGGAGAUAACGUGAAAUAUUUUGCUGAGACACGCAAUGACGUCGAUUCGGAGCGAAAUCGGCAGAAAGAUAAAUAUCUUUUUGAUUUGCCGAACAAGGAAUAUGUCGAUUUUGAUGCCGUUAUGCAAAAUGGUGACCAACGCAGAAAAUUAAGUGAUGACUUCGAGCUCGAUGACGAGGACAGUGACGAGCAAGAAAGUGACGAAGAUGAAGAUGGCGAGGUCGGGGAAACGAGAAAAACGGCAAUAAUCACCCAAUUUCCAUCGUCAGACAUUUUUGUAUCGCCAAUUGAAAAGGAAGAUGACGAGAUAGUGAGACAGCAGCAGCGCAAUCGUAGCAAAGGAAGUAAAUUAUCGGAGAAACGACAUAAAAUUAAUGAUGAAGGCAAAAAAUCGAAAAAACAUAAAAAAGUUGCAAAAUCACGGUAUCAAAAGGUACUUCGGGGCGAUCUGUCAUGCAUGAAAGACGAGGAUUUCACACCUGCACCAUCAAUCGAGAAUGCGGACAUCAAAUAUUUGCGCAAUGAUAUUUAUGGCGUGGAAAAUUCGUACCUCGAAGCCGAAUAUCACUGUCACAAAGGAUAUAAAUUAGUGUCGUUGUCACUGGCUCAAGAUGAUCAGGCUGCUGCUGAACAAGUGUCGGCUGCCUCGAGCAACGAGCUUAGAAAAUCCGAGACAGUUCAGCUCGUAAUGAAUACAACAAAUUUAAUAUGUCACAAUAAAGAAUGGGUUGGCACUUUUGUACCGAAAUGUGUAAAAAUAAAGAAUGUAGACAAAUUGUACAUCAACGAAUGCGUCGAGACUCGCAACAACUGCGAACACCAAUGCGUCAACACAGUCGGCUCAUACACAUGUCGCUGCAUGCCUGGCUUCGAAUUUGAUGCAAAACACAAAUGCAAAGACAUCAACGAAUGCACGAAGAGCCCUUGUCAAGAUAAAUGCAUUAAUUUGCCAGGCAGUUAUAAAUGCACUUGUGACAAUAUUCCAGGUACAAAAUUAAGUGCAGAUGGGCAUUCGUGCGUCAUUUCCUCGGACUCGGCAACAAUUUCACAGCAAACGUUAUCCUCCUCCGUGGUAUCUGUAUGUCCUCGUGGAUACUACUUUAAUUACACAAAUGACGAAUGUGAAGAUUUUGAUGAAUGUUCUGUAAAUAAUGGCGGAUGUCAAGACAUUUGUACAAAUACAGAUGGCAGUUAUUACUGUUCCUGUCAGACCGGAUAUAUUUUUGGGCCAGACAACAAAACUUGUGUGGUGAACAACAUAACAUCUGACAUCACGUGCCCUCCCUUAAUUCCCCCGAAACACGGUUAUCUGGAGUGCAGUCGCCCACUCGAUGAAUCGCGACAUCAUAUCGCCAACUUUCCGGGAAGUCAGUGUGUCUUGCGCUGCCCCAAUGGUUUCCGUGUAAUGGGUCGUUACUCGCAGAUUUGCGGCAACGACGGACAAUGGCAAGGCAGUGGCGAUGGCGCUUGUAUCCGCUAUCCGAAACCAAAAUUAAUCUGUCCGAAAAAUAUGAUGCUUGAGACACCGCCGAACGAUACACGUGUGGUUAUGCCAUUGCCGAAGCCAACCACAGACGUAAGUUGGGACACCGACAUCACUAUCAGUCCGAAUUACGUCAAAGAUUUGAAUCUUGUGCUCAGUACGGGCAUCGAGAACAUUACUUACACUGCGACGCAUCCUCUCUCCCGGCUACGUGUUUCGUGUCAAUUUAGUGUGAAUGUCGUGGAUGGCAUGCCGCCCGUUGUAAAGUUUUGUCCGGAGACGCAGCAUUAUACGGUGGCACGGCAUCAUGAGACGAUUAAAGUGUCAUGGAUUGAGCCAAUUUUCGAAGACAAUAUUAAAGUGACGAGCGUCACAAAGAGCAACGAAUCUGGAAAUCAUCUCGGACUCGGCACACAUCUCAUCACGUACGAAGCCAAAGACGCGGCAGGCUUUGCCAGUCGUUGCACUUUCAAAAUUGUAAUAAAUGCGCCGAAACGACAAAUAUUGCCACUGUUGUACAGCAAAUUCUAUUAUCUGUAAAAACAGACCUACUCGAACAAAACUACUCAACGUAACGUAACAUAA